CAAAACAAAUCCAAGAAUGUGCCCCGCCAUAGACAAUUCCCCUGCGACAAAGCUUUUAUAGGCGCCGUAGAGAGCGAGUCCAGUCCAAGGCGGCCAUUAUUUCUGGAUCCUCCCCUGAAUCCCAGGUCCCAGGUCCCAGGUCGGUCGUCCUCCCUCCAUAGCCACGAGCUACGGCGGCAGCCGGACAAGAGUAGUAGUACCAUGAGUGAUUGAGCGGGAGCGGAAUAUAUAUUCGUAGCGGCCAGAGAGGCAGAGAGAGGGAGAGAGAGAGAACGGUGGUAGCUGGGAUACUCGGAGUCGGAAUAGGAGAGAUGGCUGCCGGGACGCUGCAGAUCAGGCCGAGGGCGAAGAGCUUGUGGCUGCUGGUGCGCCGGCUGCUCUGCCGCGGCAACAAGCUGCACAGACCGCCCGCGGGCGCCGGGGACCAGCAGGGAGACGGCUGCGGGGAGAAGAGGAGCCUACUCCUCGGCCGGAGCGGCUCGCUGGAGGAGCUCCUGGGCCCGGACGUCGCCGGCGCCGUCCGCCGCAGCGCCAGGAAGGACCUCGAGGUCCAGCACGCGCUGCUGCCCGAGCGGCAACGGCAGCAUCACGCGGACAUGGAGUUGGUUCGCCCCGAGGUAACCACGGCGGACGCGCCGCUGGCAGUUAGCGCCGCAGCCGUGCAGCAGUACCGGAGGUUCAUGUUCGGCGGGUUCCGGCGGCGGCUCAUGAUGCGGAGACAGUGGCGGCCGAUGCUCGUCGCCAUCCCGGAGUGAUCCGCCGUCCAUCGGUCGUACCGACGUCGUGCUCCGUCCCGUGGAAUCCGGCUGCCAUGUUCGUGCGGAUAUGUGGGUGUAGCUUUUCUUUCGUGCUGUCGAGUUGUUCCGGCCCUUGCUUUGUUCGUUUCUUGCUGCCCUCGCAGAGAGGUUGAUGCUGCUGCUGUGGUGGUCCAUGUAGUAGCGAUGUUGGCACAUAACUUUCGACAUUGUUAUUCUUGGAAGCAUCUUCAACAAAUCUCUGUUCAGCA